GGUAAUCUCCCACGUUCAUUAAUAAUUCGAAAAAAAAUCCUCGCAUUAAUCCGCCGCAAAUCGCAGAAGCCCCGAAGACCCCCGCACAUCUCCGCCGGCGAAACCCUAGCGGCGGCCGGCGAUGGGGGAGUACGCGGCGGCCAAGACGUCGGUGUGGUGGGACAUCGAGAACUGCGCCGUCCCGCGCAGCUGCGACCCCCAGCUCAUCGUCCAGAACAUGAGCUCCGCCCUCGCCACCGCCGGCUACCGCGGCCCCAUCUCCGUCUCCGCCUACGGGGACACCCACCAAAUCGCCCACAACGUCCAGCACGCCCUCUCCAGCACCGGCGUCUCCCUCCACCACGUCCCCGCCGGCAUUAAAGAUGCAAGUGAUAAGAAGAUCUUGGUUGACAUGCUGUUCUGGGCUAUUGACAAUCCUCCACCAGCAAAUUAUCUGCUUAUCUCUGGUGACCGGGACUUCUCUCAUGCCAUUCAUAAGCUUAAAAUGAGGCGAUACAAUAUUUUAUUGGCACAACCUCCAAACGUGUCUCAAACACUUACUGCUGCAGCAAAGAGUGUUUGGCUCUGGAAAAGCCUUGUGGCUGGAGAACCACCAUUAGAACAGUCACCAUACAUAAGCAGCACAUCUUGUGGCAAUAAGGAUGAUUUGGCUACAUCAAGGAACAUAGUUUCUAGUUCUUUGGAUGUGACUCAAGAUGCCAACCCUGAAGUGCAGAAUAUUUUGUAUGAUCGUCAAAGCGGUUCUAAUGGCAUGGCAGAUAAGAAAUGUGAAGUUAAGCGACCUCGAGAAAUGGAGACAGACAAUGUGUCCAAACCAGCAAGCAAAAAGCAGCUGAAGAAGAUGAUUGGGCUGGCAAAUACCAGCACUAAGCAAACUGCUUUCAAGAAACCAACGCAAGGGCAACUAAAAGCAGUCAAGGGGCAGGGCUUGAUCUGCUAUAAGUGUGGUGACGGGCACCGUGCUGCAGAGUGCACCUUUAGUGGCGACUGCCACGGUUGUGGCCGACAGGGCCACAAGGAUCGAGUGUGCAAAGCGAAUCCUAACAGCGUUGUCAAGUGGCAGCCGGCACAUGCACAAGACUUAGUCACGCCCUCACCAGGGUCUGUCUCCCGGCAGGCGACCCCUCAUGUGCCUUCUCCACCUCCAGCUUCCCCUGUCGCGGCUGCGCCGCCACAGACAACUGCUGAAACUCCUUCUGGCCCAACUUCGACACCACCACCGGAGUGCUUGCAGGAGACUCCUGCCAUGCCGACAGCUGUGUCAUUGGGUAAACCAGACGUGGUGACGCAACCGACAUCUUCAGCCCCUCAUCCUCCUACGGCUGUUCUAGCUCACCGGCCAAUGGCAGGACCAGGACAGUAUCAUCAAGUGGGUGCUUCUCGGCCGUUUCCAGCUUGGACACCACCACCAUGGUGCUUCUUGCAGGCGACUCCUGCUGUGCUAAGUCCACCUCCGGCUCCUGUGCCGCCACAUACGGGUGAUGGAAAAUUUUCUGCCCCAGCUCAGUCUGGAGUCUACGCCAUGUCAACAGCUGUGUCAUUGGGUAAACCAGACGUGAUGACGCAACGGGCAUCUUCAGCCCCUCAUCCUCCUACGGCAUUUCUAGCAGCUCACCGAUCAGUCACAGGACAGUAUCAUCAAGUGGGUGCUUCUCAGCUGCAACCGGCAUCUUCAGCCCCUCGUCCUCCUACGGCAGUUCUAGCUCACCAACCUGUCGCAGGACAGUAUCAUCAAGUGGGUGCUUCUCAGCUGCACCUGGCAUCUUCAGCCCCUCAUCCUCCUACGGCAGUUCUAGCUCACCAAUCAGUCGCAGGACAGUACCAUCAAGUGGGUGCUUCUCAGCUGCAUCCAGCUUGGACAUUUCCUCCGGGGUACUUCUGGCAGGCAAUGCAGCUUCUCCUGCAGCAGCGCCGCUCGUGACUUCCGUGCCGCCCUGGCGUUGCAGCUUGUCCUGCACCAGCUCACUCCAGAGUCUACCCCAUGCUCUUCCCCUUUGGCAGGCCAUGCUGACAAAGUGACAGGUAUACUCCUAUUGGAUUCUUUGUAUGCCCUUCUCUUCAACCGCCCGAGAGGAGGAAGAGAGGAAGGAGGGCUAUGAUGAAGAAGAGGUGGAGGAGGUUUUCACUAGCUUUUCUAGUAGGUAUUUCUUUACCUAACUCAAGUUACUGUUUGAAAAUGUCGGCCUCCAGAGGAUUUCUUUGAUUAUGUUUAAGUUAUUAAAUUGUCACUUGAGCACCAACAUAAUCAAUUGUGCAAUUUAGAUUUAAAAUCUGGACCCAACAUGAAAGUUCUAGAGUAUUUCCCAUAGAUGCUUAAAGUGCCAUCAUUUACUAUGUUUCAACUCGUGCUGAAAUUUCAAUGGGUUACCAAAGUUGGCUAAUCAUUAUGAUCAACCAAAAUAGUCGCUUGAGGCAUAACUCGGGGUUUCAAAGCAUGACUCCAUGGUAAAUGCAUAUUGUUGCAUAUGCAUUCAAGGUUGGAGACCUUGGUUAUGAACAUAAUAAAUUGUCACUUGAGCACCAACAUAAUAGAUUAUACAAUUUAGAUUUAAAAUCUGGAUCCAACAUGAAAGUUUAGAGUAUUUUUCUGUAGAUGCUUAAAGUGCCAUCAUGUGCUAUAUUUCAACUUGUGCUGAAAUUUCUAUGGGUUAGCAAAGUUGGCUAAUCAUUAUGAUCAGCCAAAUAGUCGUUUGAGGUAUAACUCAGGGUUCCAAAGCACGGUCUCCAUGAUAUUAUGGUCACUUGGUCACCCACCUCAUAACAUGUUUUCUAGAAUUUCAAUGCUCUUAGUUGAAUUCUACGUUGGAGGGGCUGAGGUGGAUUGUUGGCAAUGGUUGGACAGGAGUGUUAGAGGCAAGUUGGGUUGGAGCUGCUACAGCUGCACCUUGCACUCUGGUUGAGGCAGGUACAUGCAUAUUGGUAGUCAAUGGAUGCACGUCACCAUUGAUACCAUUGGAUGUUUGUGCACCUAGUCCCAACACCUAGCCUGCUCUGAUGGCAGAAGCAAGGCGAUGGUACGGAACUGGCAAUUUUGUUGAAAGGGCAAGGAAGCACUGGCGGUGGCAGCGGGGAUAAAUUUAAGAGAAGGGGGGUCACGGCAUGGGAGAAGGGGAGAGAUAAGGGGACAGGUGCAUGAAUCUUGAAGCAAAUACAAGUGCUUAGAAGAUACUACCUCUGCGCACUAAUAUAAGACGUUUUUGCAGUUCGAGGGAGUAGAAAUUCCAAAUCAUGCGGCGUACGUAUCUGCGUAUGUCAUUGGAUUGUACUGAAAACAAAGAGUCACAUGCAAGCUAGAUCUAACAAAUGACAGUUAGGACAUGGGACAGGUGACCUAGGAAUUAUCAGGUUUCUUAGGACAAGGCUUUUUGACAAGAAGUUACUUUUUUAAUACGUACUCCCUCUGUCCGGAAAUACUUGUCAUCAAAAUGGAUAAAAGGAGAUGUAUCAGGACGUAUUUUAGUUCUAGAUACAUCUCUUUUUAUCCAUUUUGAUGACAAGUAUUUCCGGACGGAGGGAGUAUAUGAUUUGUACCAGUCGUGAUUUAUACACCCUAGAUACUGUAAUGUGAGAAGUAUACAGAUAUACUAGCUCCUGGACAGCGGUACUGAGCUACGUGGGUUUAUUGGCGGCCAUGUUAGGGGUGUUCAUACAAAAUCGAAGUAUGUUGCUGGCGGGUUAUAUUUUGAUUAAAAACAUUGUGUCUUUCAGGAUUGUUUGGGAAGCUUUCAAAUAAUAAUCCAAAUUUUGGAGAAAUUUUAGAGGAACAA